UGAAGCCUUCCCCUGACAUUGGGUUUUAUCACUGCAGUGCUAGGACAGGAUAUCAGUAACACACUCUUAUGAUCAUUUCCUGUGGCUUGUGGGCUUUUCAUUUCCUGCAUUUAUUAUGAUUCAUGGCAUUAUGGGGGACAAUCUAUGAUAUGUUGCUGAUUGCAGCUGUACUGACACAGCAGGGAACACAAGCAGACCCAUCCCAAGACCUGUUCUGCUUCAGGCACCACAAGAAUUCGGCAGUGAAUUGUACCUGGAGUCCAAGUGAUGUCACCCCCACAAACUACACCUUCUAUUUUCAGGAGAAGGGCAGCAAUGAUCCAACUGAAAUAUCGACCUGUUUACAUUCAUUGACACUGGAGAGGAAGCAAUUCACUGCAGGAAGAGCCUACGUUGCCUGGGUAAAAACCAAUGGCACAGAAAGAGAGGAAAGCUUAACAAGACUGGAAUUCAUCAUCGAUGACAUAGUAAAACCUCUGUCGCCAGCUGCUGUGGCUGGAGAACUGAUAAAGAACACUCCAAAUACCAUAUGUAUUACAUGGCAGAAACCCAACAACAUCGAUUCAUCAAAAAAUCUUCAGUUCAAGCUUCAGUACAGAGAUGUCAAUCACCUUUCAUGGACUGAGGUUCCACAGGAUGAAAUUGGCAUCCAUGCAACAGCUUACGAGUUGGAGAAUCUACAACCAUUCACAUUCUAUGAGUUUCGAGUACAAUGUGCACGAGAAGGAGAAACAAACAGGAGACUGUGGAGUGAAUGGAGUGCAGUGUCCAGGAUCAGAACCUCUGAAGGCUCUCCUGUUCGAUCUCUCGAUCUGUGGUUCAUGCGCCAGCCAGAUCUGGAUAGGCUGUGGAUGCUUACCGUACUGUGGAAGCGCCUUGAACAUCAUCAAGCAAGAGGAAUAAUUCAGAAAUAUACAGUGGUCUACAGGGAUGGAGAAAUGAUGACUGAGGAAGCAAUCACUGUCUGCUGCAACUUCAGCCUUCCAAACACCACCCAAUGGGUGAACGUCACUGCACACAACUCUGUUGGAGCAACUCAGCCAGCCAAGCUCAGCCUAACAGCAGACCUCCCGUCACCAUUCAAUAUGACAGUUCAUAGCAGGAACCACUCAGUACUGGUGUCCUGGGAGCGACCUGCCAACGCGAUCCCUGAAGAGUUUGUGGUGGAAUGGUAUAAAAUAAAUUCAGAAUACACACUUGACUGGAGAAAAGUACCAGCACAGAAUGUCAGCGUAACUUUGCGGGGAGGUCUUCUGCGUCCACUGCUUCUGUACAGGCUCUCGGUGUACGCUCGAUAUCAGGCAGGAUUGGGAGGCCCAGUGUCCACUCUGGUAUACACAGAAGAAGGAGUUCCUCUUGCUGGGCCUGAAAUCUCAAUUCUAAAUAUCUCCCAGACUGGAGUCACUUUGCUAUGGAAGGAUCUCCCACUGGAUCAACGUCGAGGGUUUAUACAAUUCCUUACUCUGUACUAUGUCAAGAAUCCAGAUAGACUUUCAAAAAAAAAGGGUCUCAAUUUAAGCAAUACAUUAAACAGAUACACACUGUUGCACCUGGAGCCCGACAGCACAUACACAAUCUGGAUGACAGCAUCCACUACUAUGGGAGAGGGAAGCAGAGGGCCAUACCUUCGCUUUAAAACUCAAGGUUCACAGGUUGUGACCUGGAUGCUUGUGGCACUGUUUUGUAUAUCUGCGGUGAUUGGAGCUCUUUCUUUCUACUUCUGUAGAUUGUAUAAACAGAGAAUACAAAGCUGCAGCUCAUUCUACUUACCUCAGUGGUGUGGCCAGAGAAUUCCAGAUCCAAGGAACAGCAAAGUUAGGCACCAGCUGUAUGAUUAUCCUUCAAACUACUAUGAGGUGACAGCAGAGACAGUAAUUCAUGAAUUGGAAGAGAUUGAAACUGAGGACAAGACUGAAGUUCCAUCAAUGACAAGCAACAGUUCCACUCUGGCAAAAGACAUGGGACCUAGCAGUUCAGAAGGUCCUUCCUGGACAAGUCGUUAUUCUUCACCAGUGGAGACACCUCCAGAAGCCUCCACUUGUUUGGAAAAGAAACCUGUGGAAGAGCCAGCAACCAGCACAGGAGUAAUGGUGAAACCCCUCAGCUCCACCGGUUACGAAAAACACUUCUUGCCAUCAGAGGCAGAUGUGCUUAAUAAUGAAUGGCAGUUAGCAAACAGAAAGGAGUGGCUGGGAAUCGAGGACGAUCAUUAAACUUCAGCAGGAUGGAACAUCAAUUUCAACAUGAUGAAGUGACCAGGAAGGUUGAUGAGAGAAGGGCAAUAGAUGUAGUCUAUAUGGAUUUCAGUAAGGUCUUUGAUAAGGUUCCACAUGGUAGGCUGCUCUGGAAGGUUAGAUCGCAAUGAAUCCAGGGAGAGCUGGCAUUUUGGACAUGCAAUAGGCUUGAUGGUAGGAAGCAGAGAGUAAAAGUGGAAGGAUGUUUGUCAGACUGGAGGCCUGUGACUAGUGUUGUGCCUCAGUGAUCGGUGCUGGGGCCAUUGCUGUUUGUUAUCUAUAUCAAUGAUUUUGAUGUGAGUGUACAAGGCACGAUUAAUACGUUUGCAGAUAACAGUGAAAUAGGCGGUAUUGUAGACAGUGAGGAAGAUUAUCAGAAAUUGCAGCAGGAUCUUGAUCAGCUGGGGAUGUGGGCCGAGAAAUGGAAAAUGGAGUUUCAUAUAGAUAAGAAUGAGGUAUUGCAUUUUGGAAAGUCAAAUCAAGGUAGGAGUUUCAUGGUGAAUGGUAGGGCCUUGAGGAGCGUAGUGGAACAGAGGGACCUUGGAGUCCAGGUGCACGGUUCUCUGAAAUUUGGAAUUGCAGGUAGACAGGGCAAUGAAGAAGGCUUUUGGCGUACUGACCUUCAUCAGUCAAAGCAUUGAGUACAGAAGUUGGGAAGUUACAUUGCAGUUGUACAGGAGUUUGGAGAGGCUGCAUUUGGAGUAUUGUGUUCGGUUUUGGUCAUCUUCCUAUAGGAAGAAUGUUGUUAAACUGGAAAGAGUGCAGAAGAAAUUUAUAAGGAUGUUGCCAGGACUCAAGGGCCUGAGUCUUAGGAAGAGAUUGGAUAAGCUAGGACUUUUUUCUUUAGAGUGUAGGAGACUGAGGGGGGAUUUUAUAGAAGUGUAUAAGAUCAUGAGAGACAUUGUUAGGGUGAAUGCACUCAGUCUUUUUCCCAGGGUUGGGGAAUCGAGGACUAGAGGGCAUCGGCAUCAGUUUAAGUUAAGAGAGGAAAGAAUACAGGGGAACCUGAGGGGCAACGAUUUUACACAGAGGGUGAUAUGCAUAUUGAAUGAGCUGACAGCGGAAGUGGUUGAGGCAGGUACAUUAAUGACAUUUAAGGAGUAUUUAGAUGAAUACAUGGAUAGGAAAGUUGCGAAGUAUACGGGCCAAGUGCAGGGAAAUGGGGUUAGUGUGGACGGGCAUUUUGGUCGGCAUGGACCAGUUUGGGCCGAAGGGCCUGUCUCCGUGUUGCAGGACUCUAUGACUCUAUGUUAUUCAAAUUAACCUGCAUUGCUGCUGGCCUCAGCUCUCUGAAGUCACACAUUUAACAAGCCUAAACAAAAAUGAUGAGAAAGGCAAGAGACAAAGCCAGUGGACUCAUCAACAGAACAAAUGUGUUGUCACAAUUCAAUGAUUAAACUCAGGGUUCCACAAAAUCCAUGUUGUCCUACUGUAGCAUCCAAACUUUCCCUACGCAAUUUCAGGAUUUCUACCUGAUUGAUAUAUGAAUCUCCGUCUUUUUGUUUCACUCACUGAAUACUUCAAACGAAGUGAUCCAAAGUUAUUUUUCCAUUCCAUGCACUUUCCUUACUUUGGUGAAGUCAUCAAGAGUUGUCUCCUGUCAGUGCUGGAAAUCUGUAGAUCUCCAGUCUCCACUGCCUGCUCUGUUUUCCAACUCUGGGAUUGGUAGUUAUCCAAUACUUCCAAGGGCCUGAAUGUCUUGUGAACAUCAGUUUCAUUUUUUAAAAA